AACAGACUCCUCGCAGUGUGGCUCCAGAUACAGACGGCGAUAUGUAGACAUCUCGAUAUCAAGUUUAUGUCUUUCAGGAUAUAUUGUCAACACAUAUGUCAGUCAUUGAAAGUGGCCGAGUAUGAGGACUUGCGUUGGCGUUUUCGGCAAGAUGAACAUUUUACCUGAGAAAACUUUGUGGACAUUCGUGUUCCAGCUUUCUUGUGUGCUGCUCACAUUGAAGGCAACCGUUACCGUUGGCACACCUGUGCUGCUAAAUCUCCCGCCAACACCUGAGACUAGUGCUGAGGUAGGUUAUGCAAAUUAGCUGGGAAAUCAUGAAUUAUGGCAAGGACUGUCUUUCAUAGUUCAGUGUAAUAAAUGAUGCUCGAUUGUUUGAGGAAGGCAACGGGUAUUGUACUGCCAUAAACUUUCCUGUCAUUACAGUUUCACCGAAUACUUUCCCCACUUCUUCCCCAUGUCUUACACUUACUCAAAAUUCUAUCAUCUCUAUUUCUGAGUUUUUUAAACAUUGGAUUCACAUUACUGUAUGUGAUAACUAGGCUAUGUAUGAGGCAUGUUAUCUUUCUGAUUUUAACUCUCACAGUUACGAUGGAGUAUGAUUCCCUCACUGCUUGGAUAACUCUCAGCAACGCUUUACAACUUUUUACUUUUUGGGGUAAACAGAGAUCAGGGUUUGCACACAAAACCCAGUUUGGUCCUGACCCCAGCUUGCCUGGCUUCCCUGACCUUAAGUCUCGGUAAAUCUGCCCUUUGGAUUCCUCCCCUGGCCUCCCCGCCAGUCCAACAUUGUACCCUCUGUUGCCCUGGCUCUACACACCCUUAGUCCCAAACACAUGACCUGGGUAACAUGGGAUAAGAAAAUGGAGAGGCAAUAACAGUAGUAUUGUGACCAGGGCUCCUUUGGAUGACUGUGCAUCCUGCUUAGCACAAACACAUUUAUGUGUUCAUUAUGUUUUACCACAACAUGGGUCUGUCUUUAGAUGUGGUGCCGUUUAGCAUGAUGUUUACACGACAUGCAACCUACUACUGUAAGGGUUCUGGGCAUUCAAUCCUUUGAUGAUGUUCAGGGAGAGUACCUUCGCUUUAGGGAAAUGCAUGUCGUACACCAGCCUGGCCUCCGAGCCAUACGAAACAUACUUUAUGUAUUUCUGAGUACCUCCAAGACGUAUAAUACCUACUAAUGGUCUAGUUACUUUAGACAGAAAUGAAAGUAGGGAGGUUGGUCGGGGAGGAUGAGUAGACGUAAUCCGCAACCAUCUAGGAAUCCAAAGGUUGCAUGUUCGAGUCGCAUCAGGACAACUGUAGAAUUUUAGCUAACCUUUAUUCUAAACGUAACACAAUUCACCAAACCUGCUACGUAAAUUCACCUAACCUUUGUCGUUUUAAUUCUCCUAACCACCCAACAUAAAUUCUCCCCAUAUUUCUCCUUUGUUGUUAUGGCGCAACAAGCAACCUACGCUCAGAGAAAGACGUAGAAUACUAUACGUAUGGUGUGUUAUUUCAUCCAAUUCGUAUGCUAUUGUACGACCAGGUAAGACGUAUGAUACUGUACAUCUUAAAAUUAGUAUGAUAUUGUACAAUUGCUAUUCCAUUCAUAAUGUAACCUAAAGUAAUGGAGUAUCACAGAUUUAUAUUAUUAUUAUUAUUAUUAUAUUAUUUAGUAUUAUACUAACAUUGUAAAGUGGUUAUCCCACUGGCUAUAAGGUGAAUGCACCUAUUUGUAAGUCGCUCUGGAUAAGAGCGUCUGCUAAGUGACGUAAAUGUAAAUGUAAUACUAAAUGGAGUGUCACAGAUUUAGAUACAGAAUAAUACAAGUUGCCCAGAGAUCACAUUGCAAACACAGGAACACUCAAGUCAACAAACUAUUGCAAGGCGUAGACUUGCUCCAUUAGAUGAGGUUUACUUGUGGCCUUAUUGUCCCCAUAUAUUGACUACAGAUUUGCUUCUGGAAUUGUCGAGUUUAGAUUAAUUUAGGAGUGUUAAAUGUGUGAUACUGGUCACUUCUCUUGUUCUGUGAUACUUCCCACUCAAUCCAAUUGACUUAUUCCCCCGUCUCCUCCUUUGUUUUGAGUUUAUAUUGUCCAUCAUUGCACACUUCACUGUUGUUGUCAUGCGCUUCUGUUGAAAUAAGUCAUUGACAGAGGUCCCUGAUGUCCGAAACAACACUGAACUAUAUUUGAGAGAACUUUCUGUUCCACUUGACCUAUGGUUGUUCACCUUCCAGAAAGUGAAAGUCAAGUGAAAGGCUCAUUGUGUUGGUGUAAACUAGGAGGCAAGUGGCAACUGGAAUUUUAGGCCUCUCCUGGUGGAGGAAUGUGUUCUUCCACUGAGCAUCCUUCCACCAAAGAAGCCUUCAUCUUGUUUAAAGCACUUGAAGUGUCUAACUGAGAAGAAAGCCUGUGAAUUGAGAACAUUUUUACCAACAAGUAGCUAUUUUUCUGUUUCUAAAACUGCUAAGGCUCUGUAUUUGUGGAAGCCUGGAAUAUGUCAACCUUUGAUUCUCUUACUCAUAGAGACAACAAGAUUGAAUGGCUCCGUUUUCAUUCUUUAUGUCUACAGUGCCUUGCAAAAGUAUUCAUCCCCCUUGGCGUUUUUCCUAUUACAACAUGUAAUUUAAAUGGAUUUUUAUUUGGAUUUCAUGUAAUGUACAUACACAAAAUAGUCCAAAUUGGUGAAGUGAAAUGAAAAAAUAACUUGUUAAAAAAAAUUCAAAAAAAUAAAUAACGGAAAAGUGGUGCAUGCAUAUGUAUUCACCCCCUUUGCUAUGAAGCCCCUAAAUAAGAUCUGGUGCAACCAAUUACAUUCAGAAGUCACAUAAUUAGUUAAAUAAAGUCCACCUGUGUGCAAUCUAAGUGUCACACGAUCUGUCACAUGAUCUCAGUAUAUAUACACAUGUUCUGAAAGGCCCCAGAGUCUGCAACACCACUAAGCAAGGGGCACCACCAAGCAAGCGGCACCAUGAAAACCAAGGAUCUCUGCAAACAGGUCAGGGACAAAGUUGUGGAGAAGUACAGAACAGGGUUGGGUUAUAAAAAAAUAUCCACAUCUUUGAACAUCCCACGGAGCACCAUUAAAUCCUGCCAAGAGAGGGCCGCACACCAAAACUCACGGACCAGGCAAGGAGGGCAUUAAUCAGAGAGGCAACAAAGAGACCAAAGAUAACCCUGAAGAAGCUGCAAAGCUCCACAGCGGAGAUUGGAGGAUCUGUCCAUAGGACCACUUUAAGCCGUACACUCCACAGAGUUGGGCUUUACGGAAGAGUGGCCAGAAAAAAUCCAUUGCUUAAAUAAAAAAAUAAGCAAACAUGUUUGGUGUUCGCCAAAAGGCAUGUGGGAGACUCCCCAAACAUAUGGAAGAAGGUGCUCUGGUCAGAUGAGACUAAAAUUGAGCUUUUUGGCCAUCAAGGAAAACGCUAUGUCUGGCGCAAACCCAACACCUUUCAUCACCCCGAGGACACCAUCCCCACAGUGAAGCAUGGUGGUGGCAGCAUCAUGCUGUGGGGAUGUUUUUCAUCGGCAUGGACUGGGAAACUAGUCAGAAUUGAAGGAAUGAUUGAUGGUGCUAAAUACAGGGAAAUUAUUGAGGGAAACCUGUUUCAGUCUUCCAGAGAUUUGAGACUGGGACGGAGGUUCACCUUCCAGCAGGUCAAUGACCAUAAGCAUACUGCUAAAGCAACACUUGAGUGGUUUAAGGGGAAACAUUUAAAUAUCUUGGAAUGGCCUAGUGAUAGAUUAAUUAUUAAUGACUAAUUAUUACACCCUGAAACUGUGUGAAAUGUGUUAGAAUGUGUGAGUGUAGGACCAGUAAAGAUUAUGACAUUGUGUUACUAUUUAGCAAUGUGAGUAAGAGUUAGGCCAGACAACAAAGGACAAGGAGAACUGUCUACAGGCAACUGAUAACUGAGGAAUUUAGGGAGGAGAGAAGCUGUUAGGCUUUUUAAUGAGUAUGAAAUAUGGUGCAGGAUAUUGUGAGGCAGCCUAUGUGUGUGUGUGUGUGUGUAUGUGUAUGUGUGUGACCUAAUGGUUAGGAGAGCAGUUUUAAAGUGGAAAACUACAGCCCGCCUACAGAGAGGAGGGAUGUUUGUAUGACGUAUGAGUAUAAAAGAUGGACUCUGAAAUUGUGAUGGCAGAAUUCUCAAUGAAUAAAGAUCCCUGACUAUGCAGAUCGGGACUCUGUCCGUUUCUUGAUCCUUUUGGGAGACGCACAGACACAGAAUAGUUUGAUAAAUAAUUAACUUAACACCUAGUCAAAGCCCAGACCUCAAUCCAAUUGAGAAUCUGUGGUAUGACUUAAAGAUUGCUGUACACCAGCAGAACCCAUCCAACUUGAAGGAGCUGGAGCAGUUCUGCCUUAAAGAAUGGGCAAAAAUCCCAGUGGCUAGAUGUGCCAAGCUUAUAGAGACAUCAAAUCAAAUCAAAUUUUAUUGGCCACAUGCGCCGAAUACAACAGGUGCAGACAUUACAGUGAAAUGCUUACUUACAGCCCUUAACCAACAGUGCAUUUAUUUUUAAUAAAAAAGUAAAAUAAAACAACAACAAAAAAGUGUUGAGAAAGAAAGAGCAGAAGUAAAAUAAAAUAACAGUAGGGAGGCUAUAUAUACAGGGGGGUACCGGUGCAGAGUCAAUGUGCGGGGGCACCGGCUAGUUGAGAUAGUUGAAGUAAUAUGUACAUGUGGGUAGAGUUAAAGUGACUAUGCAUAAAUAAUUAACAGAGUAGCAGCAGCGUAAAAAGAUGGGGUGGGGGGGCAGUGCAAAUAGUCCGGGUAGCCAUGAUUAGCUGUUCAGGAGUCUUAUGGCUUGGGGGUAGAAGCUGUUGAGAAGUCUUUUGGACCUAGACUUGGCACUCCGGUACCGCUUGCCGUGCGGCAGCAGAGAGAACAGUCUAUGACUAGGGUGGCUGGAGUCUUUGACAAUUUUGAGGGCCUUCCUCUGACACCGCCUGGUAUAGAGGUCCUGGAUGGCAGGAAGCUUGGCCCCAGUGAUGUACUGGGCCGUACGCACUACCCUCUGUAGUGCCUUGCGGUCGGAGGCCAAGCAGUUGCCAUACCAGGCGGUGAUGCAACCAGUCAGGAUGCUCUCGAUGGUGCAGCUGUAUAAUUUUUUGAGGAUCUGAGGACCCAUGCCGAAUCUUUUCAAUCUCCUGAGGGGGAAUAGGCUUCCAUACCCCAAGAGACUUGCAGCUGUAAUUGCUGCAAAAGGUGGCUCUACAAAGUAUUGACUUUGGGGGGGUGAAUAGUUAUGCAUGCUCAGGUUUUCUGUUUUUUUGUCUUAUUUCUUGUUUGUUUCACAAGGAAAAAUAUUUUGCAUCUUCAAAGUGGUAGGCAUGUUGUGUAAAUCAAAUGAUACAAACCCCCCAAAAAUCCAUUUAAAUUCCAGGUUGUAAGGCAACAAAAUAGGAAAAAUGCCAAGGGGGGUGAAUACUUUCGCAAGCCACUGUACUUUGCGUCAUAAAAUGUCGGUCCCAGUUUCAUGGUUCUUUUUUUGGGAAUGGAGCUUUUGAUCAACAAACUAGGCUACAUUGUGAGCUCUUUGUGGUCUAGCCUAAUUGUAGCCUUAUUCCUACAUUUUUUCCAGUACAGUACAGCACAUUUUCCUCUAUUAUAGUUUUGGGUCACACAAAUUACGAAGAGUAAAGUGAACAACAGAGAACUGACUCAUAAUUUGUCGGGCUGAAUCUUAAUUUUAGAUGCAUGCCCGUCACUUGAUCUCAAGUUAGGAUUUCGCAAUGGCACUCUGAUUUACCAAUGGUCCAGUGUAUCUGUCUGUUGGAACUCUGUAUCAUCUAGCGUGCUUUAGAUCCAGCCUUAUUUAAAACCCAAGAGUACCCAGUCAAUUCAACCCGUCUGGUUUUCUUUGCAUUGAAAAUAGUCUGUGGAGUUCCACUCUAAUGCAGAGGCCCCUCUCUCUAGUCUCUACCCAGCUGUGCUGGCUGGUUUCCAUUAGGCAGCCAUUUAAGGGACCUGGGCCACAGAAGGCCCAGGGGAGUGCCGCCCAUCAUCACCCAGCUGCAGAAGUGGGCCUGAGCGCCACAUCCCACAAUGCACUCUGCUCGCUCCCUGCUGCUCAUGGGAACAGCGCUGGCUGGUGGCCCUCAGGGCCUAAUCAAUCCAGUCACGGAAAAGUAUGAUGGGUUGUUCCCUCACCACAAACAUCUCUGGCAGUGGUGUGAAACUUCUCAAUGGCAUCUCUGGUGUUAGCAUCUGCUAUAAUGAUUCUAAGACCACUUAGCCCUAAUUUGAGUCCUCCGCUGCAUUCACUCAGUGCUUGAUUACUUUUCAGGUUCUUUCAUACCAGCCCAAUGCUUUCAUCUCUCCCCUCCAGGCCAGAUGUCUUGACCAUGGUAUUCUAAAGCAUUUGUUGUAGUCUACAAAUUACUCAAUUACUUUGUAGGGGAGAGUGGGGAAAGUUGAGCUGUUUUUACAUUCACCAUCACUCCAUCAAGGGAAAUAUAGUAUUCUUUCUAACAACAAUAUUUACAUAUAUUUCAGGAUGUUGUGUAUCCAUGGAAAUCAUCAGAAAUCCUCUAAUCAUUACAGUUUUGAAAACAUAGCUUGUCCAAAGAAAAGUGGUCUCUUGGCACAACUUACCUUGGGUAUGGGGUAAGUUGAGCCACGGGACAGGGUAAGUUAAGCCGCCUAUACAUUUCUGUACUGAAUGAAAUAUUACCACUACCUUUUUAAAACCAUGUCUAUCUUUAUUUCCCAAACACAAUUCAACAUAAUCACAUUUUAAGCAUAUUUUAACACAGGCUUAUCACCUAACAAACACUUUGUACUUUUUUUUAAACACUUUUAAGCCCUGUUGUUAUCUCAUAUCCCAGCGAUAAUGCCUUGCAUUAUGCCUGGGCAGAAAACACUUCAAUUUGCUAAACUUGCCAUUGGCUUAACUUACCCCAUGACCAUUGGCUCAACUUACUCCAAGGCAAACAUUUUGACUAUAUUAGCCCACACAGCUACAAGGAUGCACUUUCAUGCUAGGUUUAGGAAUUCACAUUGAAGCUUAUAGAGACCCCAACGGAUGUAUAGAACAAUCUUACAAUUAUCUACUUUGGUUUAGAUACAAGCAUCAUGAAACUUCUAACACAAUAAAUUCAUUUGACUUGGUGAAAAUCCGUUUGUUGGACCUAACUUAUUUACCACUUUUUCCAUGUGGUUUCUUCCUUCACAGACUCCAUGAAAUGAUAUAUUUUUCUUAAAUAUUUGGUCAAAUUAUUAAUUUUGUGUAUGGUUUCCUAGAAAAAGGGUGGCUAAACUUACCUCUUUGGCUCAAUUUACCACAAUCUCCCCUAUUGCUUUGUUUCCUUUUCUUACCUUGAAAAUAGUCUAUGGUCAAGGAGAGAGUGUGAUACACAUUCUGAAUUUGUUUGUAUGUUCUAUGUUUUCCUGUAUAGAAUUUUCUGGAGAAGUAUGGAUACCUAGAGGAGGAGAAUCACCAACACAAUAAUACUGAGGUCAACACAGCUCUCAGGUACAAUAUGGCUGGCAUCAUUUAACCUACCAGAAAGAGCACUUUACAGUAAUAAUGGGAAAUUAGGGAAACUUUUAAUCGAGUGUGGUCAAUGAUUGAUUACAAUGUAUUGGUUGUUAAAGAAGAUGCUAUAUACAUUUUUCGUAGACUUUGUGUACUUACUUACUAAUUUCUCAGAAUAUCAAAUCUGAGGAAAAACGUUUAAUUCUCUGUGAAAAUAUCUUUGAGGUUGUGUUGACAUAGCUUUACCAAAAGUGUGUCCCAUUCCCCAGUUGUGCUUGAGUGAAAAAGCAAGCACACGUCUCUGUUUUCACAGUUGCACUGGAAGUUACUGAAUAUUUGGAGAAGAAAAGCCUAACUCAUUUAAAAGAUUUAUUGAAAUGUAUUGCAUGUUUAUUUUCUAUCACAAAGCAAAAGCUUGGUUUCCCUAAUGGAAGUAACAGUCUGCCACCAGAGCCUGGUAUUUAUCCAGGUGAUAGUGGUAUUAUGACAGCUAUUAUUUAUGCUGAUAUUUAGACUACACGCAUUUUACACUAAUGGAGAGCUAGACGAUGCAUUACCCCCAUGCUCAGCAAGUUUAGAGCCUUGAAUGGAACACUGGUCACUUUAAUAAUGUUUACAUACUGUUUUACCCACUUCGUAUGUAUAUACUGUAUUCUAGUCAAGGCCUAUCCUAUUUAACUAUUGCUGUACAUAUACUAUUCUAUCCUACGUAUUCCUCAGAUAUACUACAUAUUCUAUCCAUAUACUGUCCAUAAUCCCAUCAUAUACACUACCGUUCAAAAGUUUUGGGUCACUUCGAAAUUUCCUUGUUUUCGAAAGAAAAGCACUUUUUCUUGUCCAUUAAAAUAACAUCAAAUUUAUCAGAAAUACAGUGCAGACAUUGCUAAUGUUGUAAAUGGCUAUUGUAGCUGGAAACGGCUGAUUUUUUAUGGAAUAUCUACAUAGGCGUACAGAGGCCCAUUAUCAGCAACCAUCAGUCCUGUGUUCCAAUGGCACGUUGUGUUUGCUAAUCCAAGUGUAUCAUUUUAAAAGGCUAAUUGAUCAUUAGAAAACCCUUUUGCAAUUAUGUUAGCACAGCUGAAAACUGUUGUGCUGAUUAAAGAAGUAAUAAAACUGGCCUUCUUGAGACUAGUUGAGUAUCUGUAGCGUCAGCAAUUGUGGGUUCGAUUACAGAAACAAAAUGGCCAGAAACAAAUAACUUUCUUCUGAAACUCGUCAGUCUAUUCUUGUUCUGAGAAAUGAAGGCUAUUCCAUGCGAGAAAUUUCCAAGAAACUGAAGAUCUCGUACAACGCUGUGUACUACUCCCUUCACAGAAACCAAAAGGGCCAAAAAAAAAAAAUACUGGGGGUAAAAGGGCGGGGGAAAAAAAACAUUAAGGAUUUAGAAACGAGCCUCCCCCCAACGGCGUUUAAUAUCCUCAAAAAACCAGCUAAACCCCAAAUAAAAAGAGGGGGACCCGGGUGCACUUCGGGGCAAUUGCAAAAAACAAACUCAAGGAAAAAAAAAAAAAAAAAAAUUUUAAAAGAGGGAAAAAAAAACAAAUAAAGGGAAGAGGGAAAAAAAGGAGGGACAGCAAAUCAAAGAAGGGGUUUGGAUCCAAAAAAAAAAUUUUUGUGGGGAAAAAACCAAAAAAAAGACGGAGGGGGGUUUGGGAACAUUUGAAAGUUUGGGGAAAGUGUGGUCGGGGGGGCUUUGGUGGGGGAAAGGGAGAAAAAAAAGGGGAUUUUGGAAAAAGGAAAGGCUUAUCCAUUUUCAACCCCCCUUGAACCCCUGUGGGGGUUUGAGGGGCCCUUUUCCUUAAAAAGGAAUCCCCAAAGGUAAAAACUAUAAGAAAUUUUUUUAGGAAGAAGGAAUCAGGGGUUUUGCAUAUGGUGGCCGCACGUACAUUCCCCUAAGCGGGGCGGGGGCAUUUGGGACCAUUAGAAAAAGGGCCCCCACGAACCCCUUUAGGUGCCGGGAACAGGGUAAAAUCCUAAAAUUUACCUCCGCACUAGAAGAAAGGUCUGAAGGCUUAAGCUCAAUGGAGGUUUUUAGGAAAGAAAAGUUUAAAUCCAAAUUACUAAAAAAUUUUUUUUAAAUUUUAAAUGCAAUUUCCAGCUUUGUUUAAAUUUUUUAAAAUAUUUAGACGGGGGGGGGAGAACAAUAUUUUUCAUUAUUUUUUUUUUAUUAAAAAGAAAUCUUUAAUUUUUAUAUCCUUUUUAAAAUUAGGACGGUCAAAACAAAAAUGAAAAAUCAAUUUAGGUUUUUUUUAAGAAUUUAAUUUUGAUUUUUCAUAAAUUUAAAUUAAACCCCACCAAAAAAAAUUCCAGUUCAAAAUUUAGUUUUUCUUUAAAUUGUUUAUCUUUCCCGUUUUUAACCCAAACCUUUUUAAAAUUUCCGUUAAGACCUGUAAAUUAAAAGCCCCCCCUCUCACAAUCCGAAAGGGGCUUUUAAAGAACGGAAAAAAGAACCUGCCCCAACAGGGCCCCCCCAAACAAUGGAAAGCGGGUGGAAGGAAAAAAUUUGGGGAAAAUUAAAAAGGGAAAAUUCAAAAGCGGAAUCCCCUCGGCUGGGGCUUGAAGCCCCCCCUUUUUGGGCCAAUUUUGAAAGGGGAGGGGUCAGCCCGAACACCGGCGGCCUUCAAGAAAACGGGGGCACAUUAAAAGAAAAAUUAGAACACACAAAGCGCUGGUAAAACCGGGGCCCCGGGAAAGGGCCCCCGGGAACCGGAACCAGGCCGUCUAAUUUCCUGCCCCGAGUCCGGGGGGAAAGGGGAAGGGGUUGAUUGGCAAAAUGGUUUUUGGAAAACCCCCGCUGUUUGGGGGGAAAAAAAGGGUUUUCCCCCAAAACCCAUCCCGUGGGGGAAAAAGGGGGGGGGAAAAAACAAAAUCCUGAAGGGGGGAAGGCAACCAUUUGGGGAGGGGGGGAGGGGCCCAACGGACUGGCCAAAAAUUUAAGGAGAUGGAGGGGUUGGGGUCUUCCAAAAACCACCCGAAAACAAAGAGGGCUGGGGGGUCCGUAAAAAAACAAAGGGCCGGACCAGCCAGCCAGAUGCCAAAAAAAAUUUUUGGGGGGCAAAAAGUGUUUGCCCCCCCAAAGCCCAAACCCCUGAAAUUUGGAAAAAUGUUGGGGGGGGGGGCAAAAAUUUGUUGAGGUUUUAAAAGGAAACCUCGGAAAGUAAUUUGUAAGCAAAAAAAUUUUUGUCUCUUUUUUGACAAAUUUUGUCUAAAAAUCAAAAAUUAGUAAAAAUAACAAUGAUUUCAUUUUUUUUGGGUUUCUAAUUGGGUGUCCUUUCCAUAAGCCUUACCUUUGUAAAAAAACCUCAAAAAUCGGGAAAGUGAAAAAACUGCCCCCCCUGUAUUUUUCGGGCAGGAAAUUUUUGGGCCCAAAUUUUUUAAGGUGGAUAAAAACUUGGAAAAAAUUAAAGGAUGAUACACCCAAUUAAGGCGUUGAAUUAAAAACACCCAUAUUUUAAAUUUACGAAUAUCACGAAAAAUUUAUUAAAAAGAAAAGGGAAAGUAUAUAAACCACUGCUGUGGUCAUCACUAUCCUCUUGCAAUAGGACCAGCUGGAUGACAAAAACAGUGCUAAUAGUACCUCAAAAGUAAUAUUAAUCAAAAAAUAACUAUUGACCAUGCCAAAAGAGUUGAAAAGGAAAGUUUUGAGUGAGGAAAAGAAGGGGUCAAUUCUGGCUUUACUGGCAGAGGGAUACAGUGCGCAUCAGGUUGCUUCCAUCCUUAAAAUUUUAAAAGACGGCGGUCAUAAGAACAGGUCAAGCAGCAGAUAUUGGGGACAAACAAAGCUACAGACCUGCAGAGGGCGAAAACGGACUCUCUACUGACCGGGAUGACCGCCAACUCAUUCGAAUGUCACUCAACAACCGUAGGAUGACAUCAAGUGACCUACAAAAAGAAUGGCAAACGGCAGCUGGAGUGAAGUGCAUGGAGAGGAUGGUUCGAAACAGGCUCCUAGGGGCAGGACUGAGGUCUUGCAAAGCUAGACUUCAAUGAGAAGCAAAGAAGAGCCAGGCUGAGGUUUGCAAAAGACCAUAAGGAUUGGACCGUAGAGGACUGGAGUAAGGUCAUCUUCUAUGAUGCGUCCAAUUUUCAGCUUUGCCCAACACCCUGGUCGUCUAAUGGUUAGACGGAGACUGGAGAGGCCUACAAGCCACCAAUGUCUCGCACCCCCUGUGAAAUUUGGUGCAGGAUCGGUGAUGAUCUGGGGUGCUUCACCAAGGCUGGAAUCGGGCAGAUUUGUCUUUGUGAAGGACGCAUGAAUCAAGCCACAUACAAGGUUGUCCUGGGAAGGAAAAACUUGCUUCCUUUUGCUCUGACAUUGUUCCCCAACUCUGAGGAUUGGUUUUUUCCAGCAGGACAAUGCGCCAUGCCACACAGCCAGGUCAAUCAAGGUGUGGAUGGAGGACCAAAUAAGAUGAUGGCCACCAAUUUCCAAACCAACCCCCAAAAAAAAACUUUGGAAUUUUUCAAAGGAAAGUGGAUGGUCACAACAUAAAAAAGACUGUGAAUUUUGCCCCAGGAGGGCAUAAAGUAAAAAUAAAGUAAAAUUGGGGAGAAGGAAAAGGGGAGAAAAAGGGUUUUUCCCCCUUUGUUUCAACCUCCUUUCUUAUAUUUGUUUGAAAAAUCAAAAAAUUAUUUUUUUUCUUUUCGGGUCUAAAAACCCACGCUUCUUUUUUUUAUUUUCCACUUUUUUCAAAACAUUUUCAAAUGAAAUAUUUUUUUUUAAAUUUGGGGAAAUUUUUAAAAAAUUUAAAAAAAAAAGGGUUUUUUUCCCCAAAAACACUCCAAAUGAAAAAAGAAAGGGGAAAUUUGGGGGGAAUUUUUUACAAUUUUUUAACCCUCUUUUAAUUUUAAGGUGUAUUUUGGUUUUUUUUUCCCCCGUCCCCUUCAAUUUAUCCAAAAAAAAACUUUUUAGAUUUGUGUGUAUUGUUGUGUAUUGUUAGCGCUACACCCGCACUAACAUCUGCUAAAUAUGUGUAUGUGCCAAUAAAAUAGAUUUGAUUUGAAGGUUUGAUUUCAGUUGUAAACAACACACACUACCAUCAUCACAUGUGGAUUACUUGUAAAGUGCUAUAUUGAUUGCACCAAUUAUAGGGUUGGAACUUUUUAUUCUACUGCUCUCUGAUGUGCCUCUCCGAUAUUAGUUGCAUCACUCUUCUUUAUAAUUCAUCCAUACUCUCCUGCUGUCUGCCUCUCAGGAGUUUCAGUGCUCACCACUGCCAGUCCCCCCACUGGGGCGGUCGGACAGUGCCACACUGCACCAGAUGGCACGUGCAGGUGUGGGGUGAGGGAUGACAGGGGCCAGCAGGCCUGGGGACAGAGGGUCAACGGCAUCUUCCAUGGACAGCGUCUACGCAGGAAGCGCGAUAGCCAGCUAGGUUAGUGGCCAAUCCAUGGACCUCCUUUAGCUGAUUUGGGCUCACUUCUGGCCAGUUUCAAACCAACCUCCUAGAUCUUACUCCUUUUUUAUUCCUUCCUUGAAGAUCAAAUGAUUGAUUGAAAUGUAUUUGGCCCAUAUAGAUGGACUUGAUUAUACAGGUCAUAUUUCAAGAAUACACUGCUAAAGCAAUGUCAAUGUGACUUUAUUGUCUAGAAUGGAGAGGUCAAACAUGUUGUCAGGCUAACUAAUCUCAUAAGAUGUACUGUGACUCGAUACUGCAUCCUCAAUUAAAUGCUAAUCGAAUCAACUAUUCCCAUCGAUUCAGGUAAUAACAUUGUUGUUUGCUCAAUGACUCCCAAUGGCAAGAUGCCCUGUUGGUUUUCUCAAUGACCAAAUUCUUUUUUUUAGGGGGUUAUUAGCUGUUAGGCAGGGAGUCUCAAAUCCCAGGCUGGUUUUCCUUGAAUCAGUCCCAGAUUAGAGAAAAACAAGGAAAUCAGCCUUACUACUGGCCUCGAAGUCCGGAUUUGAGAAAAUGGGCUUUGAGAGCUCCACUGAAGGACUCAGUAGUGGCGGUCAACAUCCAUGGCCAUGUGCUUUCCUUGGUUGGUCUCUGUUAAGGAGUUCACUACUGACUGUAAAUCAGUGGCGGUCGGUGAGGGAGGAUGAUUUUAUUUUUAUGAACAUGGCCUUAUUUCUAUUACAGCAUAUUGGAUGACUGUCAUUCAUAUUAUGUUCACCCAGCUCAAUGUAACAUCGAUAGGUUUAGGCUACUACAUGAUGCUCAAAUUUUCCCUGUACCCAUCAUGAGGUUGGUACAACCUAGCCUAUGAAUGAAAGUUUACAACAUAGGUGCACAGGUUGAGAAUGUUUUUAGUAAUCAAGGUGACAGACAGUGACACAUUCAAUACUGCCUUGCACACUCUUGCUUGCAUCUAGCUGAUCUAGAGUGUAAUCAUUAGUCCAACAGUUGCAAACAAGAGUUUCUAUUGGAAAAAUUCAGAUAUGUUUAUCCCUGUUUCGUUCCAUUUGCUUCCGUUUAAGAAAUGUUUUUCAACAGAAUCGGCACAAUGAAUACACCCCUGAUCACAUGCAAACACAGUUGACUUUCAUAGCAGCCACAUACAAACAGCUCGUUGUAUAUAUUAUUCCUCUCACCGUUUCCCUUCGCUUGAGGACUACAGUUCACAACACAUCAGCUGUCUGUGACAAGGCGAGAAAUCCUUUCCAAGCCAAACCUUCAUAUCAGCACCGCUAACAGCACAGCCUACAUCAUUGUCACAUUUACAUUUACAUUUACGUAAUUUAGCAGACGCUCUUAUCCAGAGCGACUUACAAAUUGGUGCAUUCACCCUAUGGCCAGUGGGAUAACCACUUUACAAUUUUUAUUUUUUAUUUGUAUUUAUUUUUUAGGGGGGGGGGGGGGGGGGGGGGGGGGGGGGUAGAAGGAUUACUUUAUCCUAUCCCAGGUAUUCCUUAAAGAGGUGGGGUUUCAAAUGUCUCCGGAAGGUGGUGAGUGACUCCGCUGUCCUGGCGUCGUGAGGGAGCUUGUUCCACCAUUGGGGUGCCAGAGCAGCGAACAGUUUUGACUGGGCUGAGCAGGAACUAUGCUUCCGCAGAGGAAGGGGAGCCAGCAGGCCAGAGGUGGAUGAAUGCAGUGCCCUCGUUUGGGUGUAGGGACUGAUCAGAGCCUGAAGGUACGGAGGUGCACCAUGGUCUUGUAACAGAUGCGAGCUUCAACUGGAAGCCAGUGGAGUGUGCGGAGGAGCGGGGUGACGUGAGAGAACUUGGGAAGGUUGAACACCAGACGGGCUGCGGCAUUCUGGAUGAGUUGUAGGGGUUUAAUGGCACAGGCAGGGAGCCCAGCCAACAGCGAGUUGCAGUAAUCCAGACGGGAGAUGACAAGUGCCUGGAUUAGGACCUGUGCCGCUUCCUGUGUAAGGCAGGGUCGUACUCUCCGAAUGUUGUAGAGCAUGAACCUGCAGGAUCGGGUCACCGCCUUGAUGUUAGCGGAGAACGACAGGGUGUUGUCCUGGGUCACGCCAAGGCUCUUCGCACUCUGGGAGGAGGACACAACGGAGUUGUCAACCGUGAUGGCGAGAUCAUGGAAUGGGCAGUCCUUCCCCGGGAGGAAGAGCAGCUCCGUCUUGCCAAGGUUCAGCUUGAGGUGGUGAUCCGUCAUCCAUACUGAUAUGUCUGCCAGACAUACAGAGAUGCGAUUCGCCACCUGGUUAUCAGAAGGGGGAAAGGAGAAGAUUAGUUGUGUAUCGUCAGCGUAGCAAUGAUAGGAGAGGCCAUGUGAGGAUAUGACAGAGCCAAGUGACUUGGUGUAUAGCGAGAAUAGGAGAGGGCCUAGAACUGAGCCCUGGGGGACACCAGUGGUGAGAGCACGUGGUGCGGAGACAGCUUCUCGCCACGCCACUUGGUAGGAGCGACCGGUCAGGUAGGCCGCAAUCCAAGAGUGAGCCGCGCCGGAGAUGCCCAGCUCGGAGAGGGUGGAGAGGAGGAUCUGAUGGUUCACAGUAUCAAAGGCAGCAGACAGGUCUAGAAGGACAAGAGCAGAGGAGAGAGAGUUAGCUUUAGCAGUGCGGAGAGCCUCCGUGACACAGAGAAGAGCAGUCUCAGUUGAAUGACCAGUCCUGAAACCUGACUGGUUUGGAUCAAGAAGGUCAUUCUGAGAGAGAUAGCAAGAGAGUUGGCUAAAGACGGCACGCUCAAUAGUUUUGGAAAGAAAAGAAAGAAGGGAUACUGGUCUGUAGUUGUUGACAUCAGAGGGAUCGAGUGUUGGUUUUUUGAGAAGGGGUGCAACUCUCGCUCUCUUGAAGACGGAAGGGACAUAGCCAGCGGUCAAGGAUGAGUUGAUCAGCGAGGUGAGGUAGGGGAGAAGGUCACCGGAGAUGGUCUGGAGAAGAGAGGAGGGGAUGGGGUCAAGCGGGCAGGUUGUUGGGCAGCCUGCAGUCACAAGUCGCGAGAUUUUAUCUGGAGAGAGAGGGGAGAAAGAAGUCAAAGCAUAGGGUAGGGCAGUGUGAGCAGGACCAGCAGUGUCAUUAGACUUAACAAACGAGGAUCGGAUGUCGUCAACCUUCUUUUCAAAGUGGUUGACGAAGUCAUCCACAGAGAGGGAGGAGGGGGGGGGAUUCAGCAGGGAGGAGAAUGUGGCAAAGAGCUUCCUAGGGUUAGAGGCAGAUGCUUGGAAUUUAGAGUGGUAGAAAGUGGCCUUAGCAGCAGAAACAAAUGAAGAAAAUGUAGAGAGGAGGGAGUGAAAAGAUGCCAGGUCCGCAGGGAGUCUAGUUUACUUCCAUUUCCGCUCAGCUGCCCGGAGCUCUGUUCUGUGAGCUCGCAAUAAGUUAUCAAGCCACGGAGCUGGAGGGGAGGACCGAGCCGGCCGGGAGGAUAGGGGACAUAGAGAGUCAAAGGAUGCAGAAAGGGAGGAGAGGAGGGUUGAGGAGGCAGAAUCAGGGGAUUGGAGGGAGAAGGAUUCAGCAGAGGGAAGAGAUGAUAGGAUGGAAGAGGAGAGAGUAGUGGGAGAGAGAGAGCGAAGGUUGCGGCGGCGCAUUACCAUCUGUGUAGGGGCAGAGUGAGUAGUGUUGGAGGAGAGCGAGAGAGAAAAGGAUACAAAGUAGUGGUCGGAGACAUGGAGGGGAGUUGCAGUGAGAUUAGUAGAAGAGCAGCAUCUAGUAAAGAUGAGGUCAAGCGUAUUGCCUGCCUUGUGAGUAGGGGGGGACGGUGAGAGGGUGAGGUCAAAAGAGGAGAGGAGUGGAAAGAAGGAGGCAGAGAGAAAUGAGUCAAAUGUAGACGUAGGGAGGUUGAAAUCCCCCAAAACUGUGAGGGGUGAGCCAUCCUCAGGAAAGGAGCUUAUCAAGGCGUCAAGCUCAUUGAUGAACUCUCCAAGGGAACCUGGAGGGCGAUAGAUGACAAGGAUAUUAAGCUUAAAUGGGCUAGUGACUGUGACAGCAUGGAAUUCAAAUGAGGAGAUAGACAGAUGGGUUAGGGGAAAAAUUGAGAAUGUCCACUUGGGAGAGAUGAGGAUUCCUGUGCCACCACCCCUCUGACCAGAUGCUCUCGGGGUAUGCGAGAACACAUGGUCAGACGAGGAGAGAGCAGUAGGAGUAGCAGUGUUUUCAGUGGUAAUCCAUGUUUCCGUCAGCGCCAGGAAGUCGAGGGACUGGAGGGUAGCAUAGGCUGGGAUGAAGUCAGCCUUGUUGGCAGCAGAACGGCAGUUCCAGAGGCUGCCUGAGACCUGGAACUCCAGGUGUGUGGUGCGUGCAGGGACCACCAGGUUAGAGAGGCAGCAGCCACGCGGUGUGAGGCGUUUGUGUAGCCUCUGCGGAGAGGAGAGAACAGGGAUAGGCAGAGGCAUAGUUGACAGGCUGUAGCAAAUGGCUACAAUAAUGCAGAGGAGAUCGGAAUGAAAUGAACUAAACAUCAGGGAAAGGAGAGAGCGGGGCCUCCCUCACCACAACUCCCAAAUAUAACUCUCCCAACUUCCACCUCAGAGACUAUAAUUGUUUCACUGAAACACCCGAAUAAAACUCUCCCAACUUCCACUUUAGAAAUUAGAAUUGUUGUAAACUACAGCGGUUCAAUGUUUCAAGGAAUAGACUCAACUUACUUUAUUCAGCUAGCUAACUAUGACGCCAUAGCUAACUAGCAUGCUAGCAUCCAAUAACACACGGUUUAGCACCAAUACUUGGUUACAACAAACUACCAAUAGUGUGUUAACACACUAAACAGAUAAUUCGUGUCCGUGUCUAGUUCCUUUCAUAACGCAGCAAUAAUUAAACGUUGGCUAGCUAGCACAAAUAUAUUGUAUUUAGCUGCUACAGUACUGCUAGCUGGUAGUGUUGGCUAGCUAGCAAUGGCUGCUGUGUUGACUUUGUUUGAAAAACGGCGUCGCUGCGAACGAAUGUAGCUGGCUAAAAUUAUAUUGUAUUUAGUUGCUAUAGUACUGCUAGCUGGUAGCGUUGACUAGCUAGCAAUGGCUACAUAGCUACUAGAACUAAGGCGUUAGUAAACCCGCUACAAUCAUGCAGUACAGCGUACAGUCAGCAGCAAGCAGUUACACCAGCAGGCCCCGGUGGCAAUACAUUUAUAAAACCAAAAGCUUACCUUGAGUUCCAGUGUUGGAUAGCUAUAGCCAGCUAGCUAACAUAGCAUCUCUCUCUAUCUGAGCCGGGUGUUUGAGUAGGCUAAACUAGCUAGCUGCAUUCGAUGCUAGCUAAGUAAGUGAAAGUGAAAAAUAUAUAUACUACGAAAUAUAGCUAGCCCUCUCUCAUUCUCUCUCUCUCUCUCUCUCUCUCUCUCUCUCUCUCUCUCUCUCUCUCUCUCUCUCUCUUGCUUCUCCUUAAUUUGGAAUAAAUUAAUUUGUUCAAAACUGUUCAACUUUUGUCUUUCUCUCUCUUUGAGUAAACUACUCACCACAUUUUAUGCACUGCAGUGAAAUUUGUAGCUUAUCCCUUCAGUACUAGAUUAAUUAUCUGAUCCUUUGAUUGGGUUGACUAAAUGUCAGUUCAUGCUGCAAGAGCUCUGAUAGGUUGGAGGAUGUCCUCCGGAAGUUGUCAUAAUUACUGUGUAAGUCUAUGGAAGGGGGUGAGAACCAUGCCCCUCCUAGGUUUUGUAUUGAAGUCAAUGUACCCAGAGGAGGACAGAGGCUAGCUGUCCUCCGGCUACACCAUGGUGCUACCCUACAGAGUGCUGCUAAGGCUACAGUGGGUAAAAUAAGUAUUUAGUCAGCCACCAAUUGUACAAGUUCUCCCACUUAAAAAGAUGAGAGAGGCCUGUAAUUUUCAUCAUAGGUACAUGUCAACUAUGACAGACAAAAUGAGAAAAAGAAAUCCAGAAAAUCACAUUGUAGGAUUUUUUAUGAAUUUAUUUGCAAAUUAUGGUGGAAAAUAAGUAUUUGGUCAAUAACAAAAGUUUCUCAAUACUUUGUUAUAUACCCUUUGUUGGCAAUGACACAGGUCAAACGUUUUCUGUAAGUCUUCACAAGGUUUUCACACACUGUUGCUGGUAUUUUGGCCCAUUCCUCCAUGCAGAUCUCCUCUAGAGCAGUGAUGUUUUGGGGCUGUCGCUGGGCAACACAGACUUUCAACUCCCUCCAAAGAUUUUCUAUGUGGUUGAGAUCUGGAGACUGGCUAGGCCACUCCAGGACCUUGAAAUGCUUCUUACGAAGCCACUCCUUCGUUGCCCGGGCGGUGUGUUUGGGGUCAUUGUCAUGCUGAAAGACCCAGCCACGUUUCAUCUUCAAUGCCCUUGCUGAUGGAAGGAGGUUUUCACUCAAAAUCUCACGAUACAUGGCCCCAUUCAUUCUUUCCUUUACACAGUGAUCAGUCGUCCUGGUCCCUUUGCAGAAAAACAGCCCCAAAGCAUGAUGUUUCCACCCCCAUGCUUCACAGUAGGUAUGGUGUUCUUUGGAUGCAACUCAUCAUUCUUUGUCCUCCAAACACGACGAGUUGAGUUUUUACCAAAAAGUUCUAUUUUGGUUUCAUCUGACCAUAUGACAUUCUCCCAAUCCUCUUCUGGAUCAUCCAAAUGCACUCUAGCAAACUUCAGACGGGCCUGGACAUGUACUGCUUAAGCAGGGGGACACGUCUGGCACUGCAGGAUUUGACUCCCUGGCGGCGUAGUGUGUUACCAGCUCUCUGCAGGUCAUUCACUAGGUCCCCCCGUGUGGUUCUGGGAUUUUUGCUCACCGUUCUUGUGAUCAUUUUGACCCCACGGGGUGAGAUCUUGCGUGGAGCCCCAGAUCGAGGGAGAUUAUCAGUGGUCUUGUAUGUCUUCCAUUUCCUAAUAAUUGCUCCCACAGUUGAUUUCUUCAAACCAAGCUGCUUACCUAUUGCAGAUUCAGUCUUCCCAUCCUGGUGCAGGUCUACAAUUUUGUUUCUGGUGUCCUUUGACAGCUCUUUGGUCUUGGCCAUAGUGGAGUUUGGAGUGUGACUGUUUGAGGUUGUGGACAGGUGUCUUUUAUACUGAUAACAAGUUCAAACAGGUGCCAUUAAUACAGGUAACAAGUGGAGGACAGAGGAGCCUCUUAAAGAAGAAGUUACAGGUCUGUGAGAGCCAGAAAUCUUGCUUGUUUGUAGGUGACCAAAUACUUAUUUUCCACCAUAAUUUGCAAAUAAAUUCAUAAAAAAUCCUACAAUGUGAUUUUCUGGAAAAAAAAUUCUCAAUUUGUCUGUCAUAGUUGACGUGUACCUAUGAUGAAAAUUACAGGCCUCUCUCAUCUUUUUAAGUGGGAGAACUUGCACAAUUGGUGGCUGACUAAAUACUUUUUUCCCCCACUGUACUGUUGACAUUCACUGCAAAACUGUGUGUUUUAAGCAAUUAUUUGGUGACGUGAAUAUAUUUAGUAUAGUUUAAUCUAAAAAGUAUAGCUUUUUCAAUGUUUCACUAUUUUAAUGAAAUUCGCUGAGGAGGCUGAUCCUUCCCUUCCUCCUCUGUUGAGCCUCCACUGCUGUAAAUUUGAGCCAGUUUGCUACAGCAGGACAAGGAUCCUGCAGCAACAGGAAAUGUGAAUUAUUAUGUGGAUAUAAUUAAUGGACAUUUUUGUAGGGGUGGAUACAUUUGCAAGUCUGAAAAUGUAUAAACUUCAGAAGCCUUUUUAAACCUCAAAUACACAACAAGUUUGAAAUGUCCUGCAUUGCAGGAAUGUUCUGCAACGGGGUGAUCAAAUUAAGAUCCUACAUCUGUAUGUAGGCUAUCUACACACACAGCCAUUUAUAUAUCUUCAGGGAAUUCUCCAAUCUACGCUUGUGUGUGGGAAGCACAUUCUAAAUUAGAUAUAAACUCUCUGCACACACAUCCUAUUUUAUCUUAAAUGAGCUCCCCAGUCCCUUUUAGUCUGUGAGAACCACUGCCUAAAUUAUUAAGACAUACAACAGUCUUUUCAAUGUUCCCAGGGCCAUAUGGCGACUGUCCAACCCAUCUCCACUGUGUGAUAGAUAGGCCUACAUGCUCAGUGGUAAAUGGAGCUGGUUUUGGGUAUUAGGGUGCUGGUGUUUGUGGUCUGGAUGGAGAAAAGUAUGUAAUUCCACACAGCCCCUUAAGUGAUUGGAUAAUACUAGAAGAAUGCAGACACAGGCGUCAUACUGCCCACUUUUCCAGCUUCAAGUUUAUACCUGACAGCUGCCACCUGCUCCCUGUGCAAAGACGCUGGGAGAGAGUCCAUGGCAGGAAGGCUCAGGAUCCUCUGGAGCUAUCCCAUUUCAGAGACAUCCCAUCCAUAUGGAUUACACACACAGAUUCUAUUUGGUUGAGGUAUUAUUUUACCUAGAUAGCCUAAAUUUGAACAGGAUAUUGAAGGACAGUUUCUGCAAAGAGGCAGUUUUAGUCCCAAAUGAAACUUAACAGAAUUUUUACUCAUCAAGAUUUCAGGGAAUUUCAGGGGAAGAACAUGGCAUUCUUUCAAAUGUAAGUGAGGUAUAGGAGAAUAGUUCUAUAUAUCUGUCCAUCUAGAGUACAGUAGUGAAGGCAGCCAGCAGAAGUCAAGGCAGGGGCUGGCUCUUACUGGCUAGUUGGUUGAGUGCCAGAGAGACGCAAACUAUUGCACCAAUAGUCUUAGCUCAUCUCACCAAUGAGGCAUGCUGGAACAGUCUUAGCUCAUCUAGUCUCACCAAUGAGGCAUGCUGAAAGAAUUGGUUUGUUUAAAAUUAGCAAAUUCUCAGAUAUGUUGUGUCCAAGACAAAGAAAUUGAGAGUUUCCUAUACAAUUGUUCUCAAUCAAUUUUAUUUCAAGGAGAGCUGGCAAAAAGGUUCAACCUUGUAGGGUUUUUGUCUCUGAGCGAUUUCACACAAGCUCUUGAAAUGUGUUUAUCACACUCUGGCUCUAAGCUCAUAUAGGUGAAGAAGACCAUCUCUUCCCACCUUUGCCCUUCAUUUGUGCUCUGGUCUGUGCCUCUGUUAGAAACCAGUGUUUUUACAGACAUGUGUGAGGUGGCCUUGCUUUGUGAAUGGGUCUUAUUGAGGAAUACUCUGCUGCAGUCAAUUGACAAGGUUAUUUUUAUUGCAAAGAUGCAUGGAGUUGUUUUGACACAAAAAUAAUUGAUUUAUUGCCUUAGACAACCACUCCUACGAAUCCUACACAGCAAGAGCUCUUCUGAAUUAGUUGUUAACAUUUUUUAAAGUUGUGUCACUGAUGUUACCACAAGUAAUGUAAUAAACAUUACUCUCUAUGCACUUCGCUAAAGGAUUCACCCUUAUUGUUAAAAAAGAAACACACAUCCCCAUUACAGUAAUUUGCAAACCUCCCUCUCUCGCCUCUUUGCCUAGUCCCUCGCUCAUCUCUCUCUACCUCCUCCUUUUGCCUCCCCCCUCGACUCUGCUCUCUCCGUAUCUUCGCUCUACUCCCUCUCUCUCUCCUCUUCUCUCUCAUCUCUCUGCUCUUCUCUCUCUGCUCUCUCUCUCUAUCUCUCUCUCUCUCUCUCUCUCUCUCAUCUCUCUCUCUCUCUCUCUCACAGUCCUUCUCCCUCCCCCUUAUCCUCCUCUCUCCCAGCUGCAUGAUUGACAAUUUGAAUCUUACCCUGCACAGCAGUGCUCCCAAAAGUGGGUGCUAGUGACCCAUAUACCGUAACUACUCUUUUUCAACGUUCAUAUAAUAUCUCACUUCUUGGUCAUGAGUCCCCCUUGCUGCUCUAUAUUCAUCAGUCCACUAUCUCAUCUCUCUGCAGGUGAGAGGUGGCACAAGCGUCACCUGACCUACCGGGUGGUGAACUGGCCUGGCCACCUCCCUCGGGGUCAGGUGGCCCUAGCCGUACGCACCGCUUUCCAGCUGUGGAGUAACGUGUCGGCCCUGGCCUUCAGAGAGGUCACCCAGGGGUCAGCUGACAUCCGGCUGGCCUUCUACGAGGGGGAGCACAACGACGGCAUGGGCAACGCCUUUGAUGGUCCAGGUGGGGAGCAUAGCAGUAUAACCUCUAGUAGUGGUUUGACAUUUUGAUUGAAUCCUGUAAGAUCAUAGUUUACCUAAAGGAAGGAAGGAUGCAUUUUCAAACAGGGCAAUUUCCAAAGAUCAAUUGGUUUCAGCUGUGAAAGAUCUCACCCGGAACUAACCCCAGCUGUCACAAUGUUCCCUUGCUUACAGAUCCCUCUUGAUCUACCGCUUUAGUGUUUCCAGAUCUUAAUGGACCAGAUAGGCUUAAGAAACAUGUUGAUGGUUCCACCUAGCCUGAAAAUGGGAGUCGAGAAGCUCCUACCAUAUUUCGUAUACCUGCCUGGCUCCUUCAGAUCUGCACAGUUUGAAGUGGUAGGGCAAGGGGUUGUUUUGGGAAGCUUCUCUUCCACUCCUGAACCCUCUGUAUGUUUUUGUUUUUCCCCCCAGGAGGCGCCCUAGCGCAUGCCUUCUUCCCAUGCCGAGGGGAGGCCCACUUUGACAUGGCAGAGCGCUGGACACUGAACGGCUACAAGGGCCACAACCUGUUCAUGGUGAUUGCCCACGAGGUGGGCCACACUCUGGGCCUGGAGCACUCUCCUGUGCGCCAUGCUCUCAUGUCCCCCUACUACAAAAAGCUGGGAAAAGCCACGGUGCUGAGCUGGGAUGACAUCACUGCUGUACAGCAGCUCUAUGGUGUGUAGGCCUACUCCAUUCUGAGAGAGGAACAUUAAAGUUAUUUGAAAUUCAAUUUGAAUUUGAACAGGAUUUUUAACCAGUCACUUUACAUGCCAACUACCACUGUACAAAGAAAAUUGCGUAGUCCAAGCAAAGUUACAUUGAAGUGGAAGAAAAAAACUUGUGGAAGAGAACAUAUGGAGGUAAUAGUCAGUGGUCAGGUUGAGGAGGAAACAAGGUUACAUGAGGGUGAGGAAAUGAUGAUAUAAUGACAUUGAGACCUCAUGUUGAACUUAUUCCACAGAUCUGACUAGAGAUUGGAUCAGCAUCCAUGUAUUUAACCCAUCACCAUCUGCUGUGCUAUCAUUCACCAUGACAUCAUAGUGUCCGACAGUCCGACCACCCUGUGAUAUAUGAAGCAUCAACUGAAAAAGCUAAAGGAGGGAAUCUUUUCAUAUUAAAUGUGUGUCUUAAGCCAUUGCAUUCAUUAGAGGGUAUCACACACGGUAGCAUAGGCUACUGUAUAAACUAAAAUUGUUCUAUCCAACCACUCCAAUGCUGUACCCAGGGGGAUGUCCAGAGAUCACUAUAUCCCAGAGCCAGGCUUCCGGCAGCUGGAGACAGUGUUGAUCAGUCUUUUUUCCCAUCCUCUUGUCCCCUCAAGGUCACACCAAAGUAAACAAGCAACUUCCUCGUACAUCAACGUUUCCAUUUUGACAGUAUAACAUGGAGAAGCCAGACAAACUUUCUAUCCAUGUUUUGUUUCGCUCUCCUUAGGGAUGCCGAUUUUAUCAGACCUUUACACAAAUGUUUGCUCAAUGUUUUCCAAACAUCACAGGUGGGCAACAUCUGGAGACAAAUCAAAGGAGACGUUGUGUCUGCGAUUCAGUGGCAUUGUAAAAUCAUUUGGCUCUCUUGACUUUUUCUGGCAUUGGAAUACAGUAAAUCAAAAGCCAGCUCAGCUGUCAGCUAUCUCAGCACUCAAUCAUCCGUGAUGUGUUGGGUUUUCCAUUCUGCAAUGUUAUGGUGUGCCAAAUCUGGCAAUUAGUGUAUUUUGUGUAUGUUACCUCUCAAACAUGCUGUGAAGCAGGUAUAUAGGUCAUAUCUGUACCCACUGGGCAAAAACUGGUUGAAUCAACAUUGUUUCUAUGUCAUUUCAACCAAAAAAUGUAAUGUGAUGGCGAUGAAUCAACGUGGAAAACUGAUUGGAUUUGAAAAAAAGUCAUCAACAUAAGGGAAUUUUGUCUUUUUUCACUCAACUUUUAACCUAAAUCCAAUGACAUGGUGAAAUGUUUUGAUGAUUUCACAUUGAAUUCACGUUAGUUGAUUACUCAACCAAAUGUAAAUCAAAACUAUAUGUUGAACUGACAUCUGUGCCCAGUGGGUACUACACAUCUGUGCCCAGUGGGUACUACACUUGUAAAUGUGCAGUCAGAAAUACAUCAAUCAGUCAAGCUUUUUGCAGAUGCACCUAGUCUAUUGUAGUAACAUAGAAGAAUAUGCAUGUAUAUUAUGUAUAGUCAGAAAAGCUUAUACAUUACUGAAGCUACUGUCCUUUUUGUCAUUGAAUGUUCUCCAUAGGGAAGCCAGAGAGCGGUCAGGUAAUCCAGUUGCCUGGUCAGGUGUUCAGCUCUGCCCUGCAGGACUGGGAGCUGUCUGAAGGUGGCACUGGGAAGCCUGAUUCCACCCCACCUCCGUACUGCAGGGGAUUCUUUGAUGCACUCACCAUGGGUAAGACUUAACUGGUGGUCACUAUCUGACCAUGCUAGAAAGGCAAAAAAAUAGGUCCCAUUGAAAUUAUUGGCUCUCGGUCACCAGACUGGAAGUUGUACUUACCUAGCAUAUUUGAGGUUAGAAGCAGUUUUGGAUUAGAUUUGAGAUUUCCAACAAGACUAAUAUGACAAGUAAGCAGCACCAUCUGGUGGAUUUUGGCCUAUGACUGUUUUGGGACAUAAGGUAAUCAAUCUCUUAGCAGUUUACAUGAACAGUAGGUUGAGAAUUCCUCAUUGACUUCUGAAGACAGUGAUAUACUCUGAUACCUGUAAAUAAUUUAUUUUAUAUUACCUUGCAGACCAAGAUGGUACCAGCCUAGUAUUCCGUGGUGGGCUGUUCUGGACUGUGUCUCCUGCAGGCAAGGCCAGCUCCCCUCUACCUCUGCAGAACCGCUGGCCAGGACUACCCCUCGCCAUUGAGGCAGCUGCUUACUCACAGAUGGACAAUAAGUUCUACUUUUUCAAAGGUAGUGUGAAAAUGAAGACACAAGUUACCCAGCAAUAAACGUACCUGAAAUGAUUUGUUCUUGUUACAGUAGUAACUGUUCUGUAUCACAGUUGGGGUUAGAGUUCAGGUAGAUUAUAGCAGAAAUGUUUCACACAGACUACUUUUUCAGUUUGUGUCCUCAUAUAUGUGUUUCUGCAUUGCAAUUUCACAUCUCACACUACGAGCACCUUCCUCCUUGCGUCUCUUCCCCCAGGUAGGCGAGUGUGGCGUUACUCAAGCAGUGGUGUGGACCCAGGCUUCCCCCUGCGGAGCAGUGAGCUGGGCCUCCCUGGACACCCUGACCAGGCCUUCUACUACCCCCGCCUGGGCCAUCUGGUGGUGUUCAAGGGCCAGCUCUACUUUGUGCUCAACCUGGGGACCCUGAGGCCCGAGCCAUACUACCCCCGCAGCCUGGAGGACUGGAGGGGGGUCCCCCGGGGGACCAACGGAGCCGUCAGCCACCCUGAUGGACAGAUGUACUUCUUCAAGGAGCGGCACUACUGGAGAUUUGAUCCAGAGAAAGUGCAGAUGACUGGAGAGGGGAUGUGGGACACAGAGCUGGAGUGGACAGGCUGUCUGGGAACUCACCACAGAGGCAAUGAUAUACUGUGACCACAAGAGGGUGCUAACGAACUGAUUAAAGUGGUUGGCGAAGGUAAUGUGCAAUGGAUAUACUCAGACUAAGCAAUGACAUAACUCAUAUUUUGUAUGUUCAUACAGUAUUAUUAAAUGACUAUUCAUAAUCCUACUUCCUCCAGUGAACCAAUGCUUUUGUUUGUAAUGUGUUUGUUUUGUUUUAGACAGUAUUAAGAUAUUCUGUAUGACAUAGCCCAUCUGUAGGUUACAAAUUACAUGUGGCUUUGUUGCACAAAUGAAUUAUAUUUGUAUGUUUUCUCUCAGACAAGUUGUUGUUGUUGUUGAAGAUGAAGUCUCUGGACUCUUUAGUAGACUCUUGCAUUCAUAAAGACCUUUUGCAUAAUUAUUUAAUAAAAUACCACAUAUGGC